UACCCUAAGGUUUGGCACACAAAGUCUGACAGUCAGCAACAUCAUAGGAAUUAUAAUAAAUUAGCAAUAUCAAUGCAAGAAGAUAAGAAAAUGAAAGUGAAAAAGGGUUGGCUUGCUGUUCAAGUGGGUUUAGAAGAAGAAGAAGAAGGUGGUUCCAUUUCUCAAAAAUUCGUAAUCCCUAUCUCUUAUCUUUACCAUCCUCUUUUCAAGCGUCUUCUCGACAAAGCUUACGAUGUUUAUGGUUACCACACCGACGGUCCUCUCAAACUUCCAUGUUCUGUUGAUGAUUUCCUUCAUCUACGUUGGAUAAUCGAAAAAGAAUCUGGUUCUAAUCAACACAACCAUAACAAUAAUCAACAUCGCCUUCCUCAUGCUAUCAUAUUUCACUCUUGUUGAUUCCAAUUUUAUAUCCUUUUUGUUUGUUUUAAAUAGUGUGAUUGAAUAGAUUAGUUUUAUUUAGGGAAAUUGAUGAUACCGCUCUGUAAUUUUAUUUGUCAGAGGGAAAGUAAGUUGAAAUAUUCUGCUUGGAGACAAAUCUUCUUAAGCAGAGAGAACUUGUCUAGUGUUGUUUCUGUGUUCCUGUGUUUUGAUUAAUUUGUCGGGACUUUUUCAGGAGAGAAUGUUGAUGAAAUUAAAUUUACUAUUUUCUCCUUAACUUUUCUUUAUUUAUUUA